AUGAUCCAGACUUUAAUGAAUGCAAAUGAGACUGCUACCAAAGAAUUCUUCAUGCUAGCAUUAACCAACCUUCCCAUUCUUAAGGUUUUUAUAUUUAUCAUUCUGUUGCUUAUUUACCUCCUGACACUAAUUGGAAAUGUCACCAUCAUACUGGUAUCAAGACUUGACAAGAGCCUUCACAAGCCAAUGUACUUCUUUCUGGGAAAUCUCUCAUUCCUAGAUAUCUGCUACACCUCAACCACUAUGCCCAAAAUGUUGGAAAUCCUUCUGGCGGAAAGGAAAACAAUAUCCUUUGCUGGCUGUGUAACACAGAUGUUUUUCUUCAUAACCUUCGUGGGAACUGAGUGUGUUCUUCUUUGUAUGAUGUCUUAUGACCGCUUUUUGGCCAUAUGUCACCCACUUCGAUAUUGUGCUCUUAUGAGUGACAACAUGUGCAUGAGCUUAGCAGGUAUCUCCUGGCUGAGUGGUUUUGUUAAUUCAAUGGUCCACACUGUUUUUACUUUUCAGAAACAUUUCUGUAAUACCAAUAAGAUAAGUUACUUUUAUUGUGAUUUACCCCCUCUCCUUUCCAUUUCUUGUCAAGAUACUUCUGUUAAUGAACUUUUAUUAUUGUCAAUUGGCAUUUUCAUAGGCUGGACACCAUUUUUGUGCAUUAUUGUUUCUUAUGUCUAUAUCCUUUUUACUAUAAUGAAAAUAACAUCAACAGGGAGCAGGCAGAAAGCCUUUUCCACCUGUAUUUCUCAUAUUACUGUGGUAGUCCUUUACUUUGGGAAUGUAAACUUUAGCUAUGUGAGACCAAUUUCCACAUAUUCUUUAGAGAAGGACAGACUGAUUUCAGUUCUGUAUAGUGUCAUUUCUCCAAUGCUGAACCCAUUAAUAUAUACUUUGAAAAACCAAUAUGUGAAAAAAGCUAUUGGCAAACAAUUUAUUCCUCACUACAGAAGAUAA